GCCACCGAGGCCAUGGCGUGCCGCCCCUGCCGCUCAGUCUGCUGUCCACAGCCUGCCUGGGAGCACGCCGCCCUUCUGCGCCUGUCAAGCAAGCAACAAGAUGCCCGUGGUGACUGUGUACGGCGUCCUGCCCAGCCCGUUCUGCCGGCCUGUCCUCAUGACGGCCAAGGCCGUUGGCGUUGACGUGGAGAUGAAGACGACGAGCCCUCUCACCGGGGACACCCACAAGCCAGAGUAUCUCGAGAUGAACCCGCGGCACAACAUCCCGACCAUGGACGACGACGGCUACAUCCUGACAGAGAGUCGGGCCAUCAUGUGCUACUUGGUGGACAAGUUCGGCGAGGAUGAUGACCCUCUGUUCCCCAAGGACCCCCAGCUCCGCAACCGCAUCCUGGAGCGCAUGCUGUUCGACGUGGGCUGCCUGAGCCAGCGCUGUUAUGACUACUACAAUCGCGAAUGGAUUUUCGGCGACGGUGACUUGGACGAGUCUAAGCUGGCGCCGCUGACUGAGGCCAUGGGUUUCUUGGACAAGUAUUUGGAAGACAGCAGCUGGGUGGCUGGUGACAACAUGACUCUGGCAGACAUCGGCCUGUGCGUCACCCUGAUCCAGCUCGAGGUUUUCGGGAUGGACUUUGAGCCGUACGCCAACGUGACACGUUGGUAUGAGGCGUGCAAGACCGACGUACCUGGCUUCGAUGAAAUCAACGAGGAGGGCGUCAAGAUCUUCAAAGCAAUCAUCAACAAGUGAAGUAACUUCCCCCAGCGGCACGCACAAAGUAUAGAGCUUUUUUGGUGGUGCAAUUUGAAAUGGCAACAGUUGUGAUGAUUGUUAUUAGAUCAAUAAAACGUACGUAAGUUAUGUAACGGCUGUCCCAGAGUUAAAGUGAAUCCAAAUUGUUUUUUUUCAGUCCAUCAAGAAUGAUAGCAUUAACUUCUUGUGGUCCGCCUUGUCUGCUUGAUAACGUAAAUUGGCACUGCCGUAGAAACAGCAGAUGUGGCCACAGUUGUGGACUAUUUAUGUGCACAGAGUGAAGAGGAAGAAGCUUAAAAGUUCAUUCAAAGAGUACGGCUUAAACCAGAGUGACCAGUAGACCAGUAGAAAAAAGUAGACGGACUCUAGUUCCAGCAUCGGCAAUUCAAGAAAAUAGGACUCACCUACUUUGAGACAGCCUUUCGGAUUUAGUUAUUACACGUCAGGGCGUAGGGCUGGGCGAACGGUUUGAAACCAAAUCGAAUCGAAUAUCGGUCCUUAUUCGAUUUGAUUCGUGUUCAAAUUAGGACGAUUUUUUAAGCAAAUAGUUCGGCCAAUCGAAUCAGCACUGCUUCAUCUUCGAUUUUUCAACCGCAAAACGCCAAUUUUGCCGUUACUAACUCUGAUAAAUUUGGUUCAAAUCUGAGUUUAUUGGAGUUUGAUUGGAGGCGCCUAUUUUUAAUGAGAUUAGAUUCGUUUUGAAAAAUUCGGAGCAGAUGUGAUUCGAUUCAAUUUGAGAUGAAAAUCCUUGAUUCGCAGAGCCCUUAUAGGCUUACGAGCACUUAGACUGUACAUUAGGCACCGUGUGAAUAUUACGUCACCACUUAGGGGUAAAGGGGGCGAGAUUCCAUGACCUGUCUUUAUAAAAAGGAAAUGUGAGGUUAAACCGAUGAUGGACGAGAGGGAGGGGGCCAAAAAGAUGCCUAAAGGAGGUGACGUAAUAUUGGCUCGCCACCCUCAUUGUGAAUAUGAAAGGGCCAUGAUAGCGACCAAAAUGUUUACCCAGGAAAGAUGGAUUGUCCAACUUCGAUAAAGGUUUUCCUUUUCGUGAUCAAGGGUUUUUUCUUGAGUCAUCCUUUCACGUAUAGCCCAUACAUAUUGCAGGUGAUGAACUAGUUUUAAUUGGGUGACAAGAUCUUAGCCACUCAAAACUUUGGGGUUAUCAUGACUCUUUCAUAGUGCUGGUUCCUUUCCAACUACGAUAAUUAGUUUUGUGUCGAUCAUAGUGGAAAAAUUGUCUAUGAUAAGUGUAAGAUAAAUGAAUGAAAUAAGAGGCCGGUUUGUAGUGGAGUUUGGGCUAAUAAUCCCGUUAAAUUUUCAAAAAACACUCUCAUUUCAGGAACGUGACAUCACUUCGAAACGAAUGUGAGAAAAUGUUGCGUUCAUUUGAGCAUCGCCACAUUCGUAUGAAUGUAAGUCCGCCACAAAUUAGCCUUUUCACAUUCAAACCAACGUGACGCAAUGCUCAAAGGAACCACAGGUGGCCAAAGAAUGUGACGUCACGUUCGCUUUCACGUGAAGACGGCGGUGUUAGUUUGAGCGUGACGUGAAAGCGAACGUGACGUCACAUUCUUUGGCUACCUGUGGUUCCUUUGAGCAUUGUGUCACGUUGGUUUGAAUGUGAAAAAGCUAAUUUGUGGCGGACUUACAUUCAUACGAAUGUGGCGCAAUGCUCAAAUGAACGCGACAUUUUGUCACAUUCGUUUCGAAGUGAUGUCGCGUUUCUGAAAUGAGUGUGAAGUCUGUGGAAAGAAGGACAAAUGACGCGGCAACUAGGACAAGGUUAGACAUUCAUAUUGGUUCCACCCUUGACGGCGGUGCUGCCGGGACAACAACAGAGAUGGGAUGAGGAAGACUGUGUCGAGGUAGCAUUCUGACGUCAGCAUCGGAACUGGGGCAAUCAGACGAGACGGAGACAGGAAGGGCUCUUUAAAAGAAAUUGGAAGACCGAGCGCACCCAGCAUUUGUUUCCAGCUGCUGAAAAUGUACAUACAAUGACGCUCACGCCA